AUGACGUAGCCUAAGGGAGCGAUGACAUAACAAUAAGAUACGUGCAUUGCAAGGAACGUCACUGUAUGGUCUCUGAAAGGCUGGUGUAGCCUUCAUUCUGCUCCAUCCACCUCCUGAGAACAUCUAGGCUUGGGGAAAACAAUGGACACUCCUGAAAAUGGACCAUCAACUCCCACUGAACUGCAGUGCCUACCAGAAAAAAAUGUGGGUAGGCGGAGUGUGGAGAUUACCAAGGUGGUGGAGGAGUUCUAUGGCCCCCCAGGCGAGCAGAGAGGCUGGUGGAAUGAAGCACACAUCCCCACCAGGCACAGCCCCGAAUGCACCAAACCCACCAAAUACGGCUCCAAUGAUUCUGAUGGCUGGGAGUAUUCAGUUGAACCAUUCACAGAUGAUUCAAAUUUUCCUGACAACACUGUGGAAAUAAAGAGACGCUUGUCACACAAGGAAACUGGCCCAACAACAUCAGCUGCAGGAUCCAGGGGGUCAGCUCUGCAGAUUAGCACGGUGGGAGACAAAGGCAGCAGAGCGUCUCUCUAUCAAAGGAGGGCAGAGGGUUAUGAGGCAGCUUUUCUUCGCCACAAGGCAAGAGGUGCGGGACAGACACCAACCAGAGAAACCAUGGAGGAUAUUUUAUACCGCAAAACGAACCGCAUUCUUCAUUACCCAACAGUAGACAUGAAAGAACCCCAAUCAGUGCGAUGUAGCAGCGGUCCAUCACAGCCUAUGGGAAUGCCUCCUGCAGUGUGCAAUAAUCUGGCAAGCCCCCCUGUAGCAUACUCAAAGAGAAUGGAACCUACUGUGACCCAGACAAAAUUGGUCAGAGGGAAACAAGAUAGCCAACUUUCACUGCCUGCCAAAGUCAACAGGGGACAGGUGGAUCCAGCAAUAGGCCAUCAAGGUUCAGGAUUAUCCACACAGACACCUGAUAUUCCCGGUGUUUCCCAGGUAACCAGGAAGACUUCGGACAUGAUCAGAAGGGAGACGAAGAGAUCUUACUACAGCGAUCUGAGCCAACAGGUGCAGGAGAGACGGCAAUUGAUAGAAAGAGAGAAAAGGAGGAAUGCCGAUGUUGAACGAGUGCAUGCUGAGACGAUGCUGUUUGGGACAUGGGGGAAGCCCGGCAGUGGCGCCCCUAACCCACCCUCUGCCAGAAGGACCAAGUUCAGUUCUGCAGGGAUUCUGUCUCAGGAUCAGGUUCCAAGACAAGGCUUUGCUGGCAUCCCAUUUCAUCUCAGGGUCUAAUGUGUGCCAUUCUCUGGAGACCUAGGCCAUGAGUAUGCAGUUCACAUAUUAAAACAACUUUGGCAAAAACA